AUGUUACUAAGAUCUCAAUUGUGUAAAAUUGCUUCUCAGACAUUCAGAGGACCAAUGGCAGCCAACUAUGUAAUUAUUAGUGCUUUGAGAUUCUUAGAUGUUUAUGAGAAACUUUGGAAGUAAACUGAUAAGGCAGUCGCUGAGAUUCCAUCAACUCAUGAUGGUGUUAUCAAAAAGCUGCAUUUCAAUGUUGAUGAUGUUUGUCUAGUAGGUCAUGCAUUAGCAGAGAUUGAAUUAGAUGAUGAUGUUAAAGCUGAAGUCCAAUCAUCAUCUAGUUCAUCCUCUUCAGAAGAUGAAGAAGCGAAGAAGGGAGCUACUCAGCACAGACAUCCUGCUAAGCAUGAUUAACAUCAUCAUCAUCAAGGUCAUGGUAAUGAUCAUGCAUCCCCAGGUAAUUCAAAAGCAUUAGCAACUCCAGCUGUUAGACACAUUGCGAAGAAACACGGGAUAAACAUCAAUGAGAUUAGAGGAACAGGAAAGGGUGCUAGAGUAACUAAAGAAGAUGUUCUCAGUUUCAUCAGCGGAAGUCAAUCAGCUUCAACUACUCAUAAGUUAGAUGCUCAUCAUGCACCAACUCAUUAAGAUCAUGGAUCUAAGGCAGCACCAGCUGGAUUAUAGUUCCCAAGGAUAGCUGCUCUAACUGGAGAUGAAAUUGAUGCUAGCAACUUGAUUGAGCUUAGGAAAAUGCUGAAAAAGACCUAUAACUCUUUGACAUUACUUCCAUUCUUUGUGAAAGCUGCUUCUCUCUCAAUGCAAGAAUAUCCAAUAAUCAAUUCUCACUUCAACCCUGAGACUUGCGAUGAGGGAUACAUUAAGGAAUAUGUAAUCAAGAAAGAUCAUAAUUUUACAAUUGCCAUUGAUUCAAAGGAUGGAUUAACAGUCCCAAAUAUCAAGAAAGUUUAAGAAAAAAGCAUUCUAUAAAUCAAUGAUGAGUUAGGGUUUUUAAGGCAAAAAGCUGAGUAAGGCAAGUUAGGCCCAAAUGACUUUGCAAAUGGAACAUUUAGUGUUUCAAGUGUGGGAAACCUUGGUGGAACAUAUUUCGUUCCUACAAUCCUAAGACCACAAGUAUCUAUAAUGGCUAUCGGAAGAGCAAGAAAGAUUGCUAAGUACGUAGAGGAUCCAUAAGCUCCUGAGGGCUAUAGAUUUACUCCAGCAGACACUAUUAACAUUAGCAUCUCAGCUGAUCAUAGAAUAUUGGAUGGAGCAACUGUGGCAAGAUUUGCAGGUAAAAUGAAGAACUUGAUCGAAAAUCCAAAUUUAAUGCUCAUAAGUAUGAGCUGA